AUGGUGGAAGAAUCAAACGAGAGAAUAAACACCAAUGAGCGAAUAAUUUUAAAUGUUGGCGGUAUAAAGUAUGAAACAUAUCGGUCAACAUUAACAGCACAUCCCGAAACUCUUCUUGGAACAAUGUUUCAAGAAAGAAAUCAAUCAUUACUUCAACCGACGAAUAAUAAUGAGUAUUUCUUUGACCGGGAUGGACAUCUAUUUAGAUACAUAAUGCAAUUCUAUCGAACAGGAGAAAUUUUCUGGCCAGACGAAUCUUAUUUCACAGACUCAUCCCCUUUUUAUGUAUCUCGUCGAGAACUCGACCUAGAACUUGAUUAUUUUCAAAUUCCAUCUCCAGGUCGUGGAGAAAUUGAUAAAUUUGGAGUAGUGACUUUGGUAGAUAGUUUCUUAGUUGCUUUGGAUACCCUAGUUAAUCAAGUCGUUAAAAAGUAUCAUGUCCCAAUAAAUGUUAAUUUCUCUCUUGGUUUGAUUGAAUGCGAAACGGAUGAUGAUGUUAAAGAUAUUGCAUUUGAUAUUUUAUCACCAUUCAAGUUGAUCGGCUAUAAGAUUUUAUCAAAGUUUAAUAAGGAAGUUGCAGCAUACAUAAAGAACCAACAUCCAUGUUUGGAUUCAAAAAUAUCACAUAGAUCAAAUAAAGGGUAUUUUGAGUUGAAAAUGUCGAUAAAGGAUUUACUUGAUUUGGAUGAACAAGCUGUUUAUAAGUAUUCUAAACUCGCAAAAGUUGUGAACCCUUUAAAACUAGUUGAUUGA